GUUUGCUGCUGCAUCGACCCUCAGAAUAGGCUGUGUGCCGACUGCUCGCCUCCAGGCGCAUACAUGCUCUUGCAAUCCUCUCAAGCAACCAAUCGGUAUAGCCCGCUUGGGCCUGAUAUAUCACAAAUAGGAGAGAUCAUGGUUCGGAAGAGCACUCCUCCGAUUGUGAAAUCAACUUUGAUGAAAUUGGUCUUCAGAGAGCGAGCGAUAUGAAUCGAUGUCGGGAUCGGAAGAUGCGCGAGGGCCAAAGCUCAUUGCCGCAGGCCAAUCCGCACUUGGCCGGGCUCAGCCUGAGCACCCGAUGAUGCUGACAAUGGAGCUACUGAGCGCAUCGAUAGGUGGGAUCCAUUUCCUCGAGGUCGCAUCGUCCCAGAGGUCGCACCGUCCCGGAGUUCUCAUCGCCCAGCGGUCUCUUCGCCCCAGAGGUUCCUUACGCUUGCAGUUGGCUGCCCAGGGAUCGCUCGGACUGCGGUCCUGGUCAGCCGCCGCAAAUCUGCCCCAACCCCACACACGACCAAAACAGGAUGGAUCACGAUCCUUCGCUCUGUUGGUCUAUGAAGAAACUCCUUAGCAUCGUGCACGCACACAAGAUUGUGGCGUUACAGCACGCACCUCUUGCCGCUGACAACACGGGAAACCAUCCUCACUACCAGUCGUCCAAUCGUGUCCUGAAGUAAAG